CUAGACCUCAUACUUUAUAUCCUUCAACAUGUCCAACCCUGAUGAAAUGCCCCGGAGGCAAACACACUUCAAGAGACUGAUAGUAUGUUGUGAUGGAUCUUGGAUGGACUCACUCGGAGCCAAGGGUGCCGAGCCACAAUCCAACGUCACUCGCCUAGCUCGCGUCGUCCGCCGAACAUGCUAUGACGGCACACACCAGAUCGUCUGGUACGACGCCGGCGUCGGCACCGGCAUGCUCAAGGCAGACCAGCUGACUGGCGGCGGUCUCGGCAUGGGCCUGGCGCAGAACGUGCGCGAGGCCUACAACUUUAUCUGCACCAACUACGUCGAUGGCGACGACAUCAUCCUGACGGGCUUCUCGAGGGGCGCCUUCACGGCCCGCUCCGUCGCCGACAUGAUCGCCACCGUCGGCCUGCUGAGGCCCCUGGGCCUCGACCACUUCUACCGCAUCUUUGACGACUACAAGAACCUGUCCAGCCCCAUAAGGAUGGCGGGCGAGUUCCUCUGCCCCGAGGGCGUCCUAAAGCCUUGGGACCUUACCAGGGGCGAGGCCAAGGCCAAGUGGGCGAGCGAGAGGAAGAAGGCGUACAAGGACUGGCUGGUUGCGAACGACUACACCCGUGAAUAUCAAGCACAGGUAGACGCCGGUGGGAAAGCCAAGCGGAUUCUCGUCAAGGCUAUUGGCGUUUGGGACACGGUCGGCUCCCUCGGCAUCCCGCCAAUCUCGAUCCUCGGCCUUCAGGGCUCGGCCGUGCAAUGGAAGUUUGCCAACACACGCAUCUCGGAGCACGUCGAGUACGCAUUCCAAGCCCUGGCCCUCGACGAGCCUCGCGACGCCUACAAGCCUUCCCUUUGGGAGAAGGCCCCGGAAAACAAGGUCACAUACCUCAAGCAGGUCUGGUUCCCAGGUAGCCACGGCGACUGUGGUGGAGGGAACCAUGACCAGCAGAUGGCCAACAUCACACUAGCCUGGAUGGCCGACCAACUCUCAUCCUUCUGCGGCGUCGAGUUCAACAACGACCGUCUCACCGAGGUCUUCCUUGAAGGCCUGAGCUACUCCACCGUCCACCCUUUCCCGGCAGUCACCCCCAGGGCCGUGGAGAGGCUCAUCCCCUCCUUCCUCCCAUCCAUAUUCUCGACGCCAGAAAAGGUCAAGGGACCGAUGCCGUGGGCAAACGACCCCAUCUACCGCUUCGGUACUAAGCCUACUGCGCGGGACUCGGCGACUUGCAAUGGCGACUCAUGCCGUCGCAAGCGCCACCCACCGGGAACGCCAAAGAAGCAGCCGCAAGACACGCGGUGGGCCGACGUGCUGUACGCGCGACCCUGGGCGCUGGGCCAGAUACACUUCCCCAGCCGCAUCCAGGCGUUGAUAGGAUCCGGCUUCCGCCACCCGGGCCGCUACCGACAGGCAGACCCGGACACCAACAAGGAGACGGACAGGCCCCUGACCGGGACGAACGAGCGCGUACACAGCUCCGUGCGCGUGCGCCUCUCGUGUGGCGGCCUCUCGAUGGAUGACGAGGGCAAGUGGAGGUGCGAACCCCUCGUCGGCGCCGCGGGUGAUCCCAAGGCGGAGAAGGCCAUGUGGCGCAUUGAACGCGGCAGCGGUAUCGACAAGAAGGAGAGGGCCGACUUCCGCGUCAGGGAGCUCGACACACCUGGCUACCCAGCCGAUGAGCUGUACGACGUGCAGGAGGGCGACGGCAACUUUGUCUGGGUCUUCAACCCCAGCAUGGUCCUGAGCAAGGGCACGCCGCUGCAGCUGCCCACCGUCCCCGUCCUGCCCGAGGAGCCGCUCUCUGGCUACUGGGAGAGGCACCUCCUGUGGCUGACCAACAACAACGUCGACGUCUGGCGCUUUGCCGAAAAGAACCUCCCCGUCUAG